CUAUAUAAAGAGAGUAUAUCUCUGAGUGGGUAGAUACACAUCUAUCCACUUAGAAAUUCGACUUGUCUUUGACAUCAUUUUUUUGACUCUUGACUCAGUCAUCAGGAAGGAUGAGGUUCAUCGUCCUGUUUCUUGUGUUGUCACUGGUCGUCCUCAUGGCUGAACCUGGGGAAGGUUUCAUUCACCACAUUAUCAAAGGAAUUUUUCACGUUGGAAAAAUGAUCCACAGCGCGAUCAACAGGAGGAGACACGGAAUGACAGAGCUAGAGCAGGAGCAGUUUGACCGAGAUCGGGCUGAUUUUGUCUAGACCUCCUAUGACCUAUAAUGGUUCACCUGAAGGAGUCACUGUGAAGCAAUGUUUAAGAUGAAGAGAAAUGCUUCUUGUCUUUCAAAAUGACAAAAAAAAGAAAGAAAUUGUCUAAUGGGGCUAUUCUUGGGUUCUUUGGAAAAAUGUGAUUCAUCAAUUCAAAUAAAAUUGCAUUUUAAAAAGUU